AUGACCCCUGAGGAGCAGACCCGAGCUCGCGCUCACAUUCGCGACGACACCGAAUCCUCCGACAGCGAUGCCGGUGCACCCACUUUCACCGCAACCUACCCAUCAGGCAAGAUGUCACUAGCUGGAAUCUCCCUACGUGCCAUGCUCCUCGGAACCUCCCUCGGUCUGACCUCCAGCAUGGCAUUGGCGCUCAGCACUGUAUACUACACUACGUUAUGGCGAGUUCCAUUUUUCAUUGCAGCGCUGAGCCUGUUCCACUUCCUCGAGUUUUGGGUGACGGCGCAGUAUAACACGCGGUAUGCGACUGUAUCUGCGUUCCUGCUGUCGUCGAAUGGGUGGGCGUACAAUGUUGCGCAUGGGUCUGCUGUCGUGGAGUGUGUGGUCUCGCAUUAUCUGUUUCCUGGGCAGACAAGCUUCGGUCGGCUGGUUACUAUUACGGAACCUGUGUUUGGGAGUGAAGUUUCGUUGCUGCUGGUUGGUGGGGUUGUGCUGUUGGUUGUUGGGCAGGUGGUGCGGACUAUUGCGAUGGCGACGGCGGCGAGUAACUUCAAUCAUCAUGUGCAGAGUCAGCACCAGGAGGGACAUGUGUUGGUGAAAAAUGGUCUUUAUGGAUAUCUGCGACAUCCGAGUUAUUUCGGGUUUUUCUGGUGGGGGCUUGGAACUCAGCUCGUGCUCGGGAAUGUGGUUUGCUUUGUUGCAUAUGCCCUGGUGCUCUGGCGGUUCUUUUCCAGCAGAAUCAAACGCGAGGAAGCUUAUUUGAUUUCUUUCUUCGGCGACGAGUAUGUCCAGUACAGAAAGGACACUCCGGUGGGAAUCCCUGGAAUUUAG